AUGUCACAUGUAAGCAUCGUCCUAACCUCUAUUUCAACCCAUUCAAGACGUGGCAAGUUCGAGCAUUCAGGAGACGUUGAAGAAGCUCGUAAUAUCGUUACAACUUGCAUAUAUUACCGCCUAAACAAGUCUUAUGGGUACCGAGUUGGAGCAUUCGACUCAGGAACGCCCAGACAGAAAGUAUUCCUGCGCACUAUUGGAGAUCCAGUAGGAGGAGAGCACAUAUUUCGAGUAGCUGCUCUCGAUCCAUACAUUAAAGGAAUGCGGAAUGCCGAUGAGGCUUCCGUUGCAUGUCUUGAACUCGCUAAAGAAGGGGAGCGCUUUUGUCGCGAAGGGAAUUUUACCGAAGCCAUUCCAAAAUUUUUGAAAGCCAUAAGUUUGGGGACAAACAGCUUACCUACCCUAUCCGCAAUUUAUUGUCAACUGGGAAAUGCGUACUUUUCUACGAACGAUAUGGAUAAUGCUUACGCUUAUCACGCUUAUGACGCCGUCGUUGCAAGAUUAAUGAACGAUAGAUUGGGAGAAGCUAAGGCGUAUGGGAAUAUGGGGAAUGUGAUGAAACAAAAACAAAAAUUCAACGAUGCAUUACAUAUAACUAAAAAACAACUUUCUAUAGCGACAGAGUUAGACGAUAAGCCAUGCUUGUCCCGAUCGUACUACAACCUAGGAACAAUUCAUCACGCAAGAGCAAAACUCGAUGUUAAAAAAUCAAAAGAGGAAUCUCACCCUCCUAGGGAAGAAAAUCGGUACAUCGAGAAUGAAGAUUUACGCACCGCUAUGGAGUACUACAUGAAAAGUUUGAAACUUGCUCAAUCGCUGAAUGACCACGUAAAUGUCGGACGACUUUUCGGAUGCAUUGGUAAUAUACUGUAUUUGUUACGCGAUUACCGAGGAGCCAUUGAUUGCCAUGAAAAGCGUUUGAUGAUUGCAUGUCAAUUCGGCGAUCACACCGCAAAGUAUAGAGCUUUCAUUAAUUUGGGAAACGCUCAUGUUCUGCUCUCUGAAAUCACUAAAGGAAUUGAAUGCUACACAUCGGCUCUUAAUCUAGCAAUGGAGAAAGGAGAUCGUGGCCGAGAAGCCCAGUGCUGCUUCUAUAUUGGAAGUGCUUCAUCCUUGCUACGUCAAUAUUCAUCAGCUGCAAAUUACCAUAUUCGACAUCUAUCGCUUGCUCGGUCUAUGGGUGAUUCUGCAGGUCAAGCUCGUGGUUUUACGUCUUUGGCCACCGUUUACUCCAAUUUAGAACAAUAUCCAAAAGCUGCAUACUUCCUCGCAUGUAACAGGGCUCUCGCUGAACAGAUCUGUGACGAAAUCAUGUUAAAACAUUCGGAGGAAGCUUUACUAAAACUCUUCAUGGAAAAUAAAAGCGAAUUUGUCGUCGACAACGGUUUGGUCCAAUUCGACAGCGCGGCUGAUCCGGAUCCUAUCACUCAUUACUGCCGCAUAAUUGAGGAUCCCCAGCCAAGGGUUGAAUUCUGUGAUCAAAGAAGCUCCGGAUUUUCGUCAAAUACGUUCCCGUUAACACCAACUAUCUGUGUUCAGAACCCUAGUGUGAGGUCGGUCGGAGUUGAGGCAAGAGCGUCGCGACAAUGCAAUGAUCAACAAGAGGACUUUUUCGAAUUCCUCUCAAGGAUGCAAUCAGCACGCCUCGAUGAACAACGGUGCGACGUCACGGCACUGAAAGUAAAUCCGCUUUGCCUUGGAAGAAGGCAAACAGAUUGUUUCACAACGACAUCUGAUGAGAAACCAAAGUCCCUUAUCCACCGGAUUCGCAGCAAAGUGGCACAUCCUAUUCGACGUCUUUUUCAUAGAACCUCUAGCGACACAAUGACUCAUGGGGGAAUGGAAAAUAAACGUAGCAAAGGAUUCAGGAUCCCCUUCACAGCCAAGAGACUCUUUGCAGUGGAAGAUCCAAGGGCUGGCGGCGACCAGCCUACCACCAUGACCAACAAACACUUUGAAGAAAUGAUCUGCAGAACAGUAUUUAAUAGCACUGAACAAGAUUUAAUCCUCGAGCAAAAUGAGCAAUUUCUUGAAACCGCAGUUGAAUGGAUCGCUGAGGAGAAUUCCGAACUGGAAUAUAACACCGCUUUGGAAAGCCUCAGCUCUUCGAUAUCAAAAACUCAGUCGACCAAUGACAGUGAAAGUUUUCCUUCCUUAAGUUAUCUUUUCUCUAGUUUCUAG